AAACGUGCCAGCCGUUUUGGGGGAUGAGACGGUGCUAGGUAAGGUAUUAAAGGGACGGGUGAGAAAUUAUUAUGCCAUCGUCCAAUCGACAAGAUGAUAUCAUAGACGAGCCUACCUUAGGUUGCCCCCCGCGCCGUCAUUUUGCCGUUCAACUUCAAACAAUACUCUAGAUGUUUUUUCAGUCAAACUGAACUAGCUUUUAUCAUCUUUAUUUACGGAGACUGUCUUUUUUCUCGGGCUGCCGGUGCUGACGACCGCGAUCCCACAUUUUAAACCUUUUUUCCCCGAGCUAACGGUUUCGCGAGAGAAGAAGGCUGUCUCUUGGCAUUACCUAAAUUAUUCCCUUGGUGCGCGGCGCCUUAGGCUGUCGGAGGCCGAGGGAGUAAGCGUCAAGGGAAAGAGAGAGACGUGAGACAUGGAGCAGCAGCAACAGCAGCGGCUGGCGACAGGGGCGCGGGCGACGUCGCUGCGCAUCGAGGAGCCGCCGGAGCGACGGCCGCUCCUGCAGCACCGGGCAACGUUCCCGCACGAGCUGGACCGCAACGUCUUUUGCUGCCACACGGACACGCACACGCAGUUGCCCGUCUACACAAACAUCCACCGCAUCCGCCGCGACAUCAUCUCGGUCAUCGAGGACUACCUCAGUCUCGACCAGCUGCGCGACGUGCGCAUCAACGUCUCGGUCGUGCGGCCUUUGGUUGAUAAGCUGUACGAGCAGGAUGACAUUUCUAUUGUCUACUGCCUCCUCAUCAACCGCGCCCACUUCCUCGAUGAGCAGUCGCACCUGAGCAACCGCCAGAAUGUCAACUUCACCCGCGCCAUGCUGUGCGAGCUCAUCGCCACGCGCAUCCUGCGCCGCUUCAACGAGGACAACGAGGGCCCCGACAACCUGCUCGUGCUGGCCCACGUGCUCAUCGCCGGCUUCGAGCCCUUCCAGAACUGCCCCGACGAGAUCCGCCCCGACGUCCACCAGUCGGUCACCUGGCACCGCACCAUCCCGGCCCUCGAGGUUGCCAUUCUCAGCGAGAGCAGGCUGUUUCUCAGCUCGACCUCGUGUCAGAAGAUCGUCGACGCCAUCUACGAGGGCCGCGUCAUCUACACGCCGUCGAGCUGGCUGGACCUGAUCCCCGACCGCUACAAGCAGCGGCCCAUCUCGCUGUACAACCCGCGCGAGGCCCCGCUGCUGAACCAGUACCGCCUCAUUGUCCCGCGCACCAGGAACAUGCUCGAGAUUAUCCAGUUCGUCAUCCUGCUCGGCCUCUACGUCGCCUUCAUGACCGAGAGGGAUGCCAGCCAGUUUAGCACCCUGGAGGUGUGCUUCACCGUCUACGCCGGCGGCUGGGUCCUGGACCAGUUUGCCACCAUCCUCGAGCACGGGUGGCGAGUCUACACGCAGAAUCUCUGGUCGUUUCUCGACGUGACCUUCGCGGCCAUCUACUGGAUAUAUCUGGCCCUGCGCGUGUACGGCUGGAAGACUGGCGGCAUCGGCCCGGCCCAACAGGCCCUGGACGUCAUGGCCAUGGCGGCCCCGGUGCUCAUUCCUCGCCUGGCUUUCAACCUCCUCUCGGACAACAUGGUCUUUCUGGCCCUCCGAGCCAUGAUGUCCGACUUCACUGCGCUCACCGCCCUGGCUGCCUGGUGCUUCUUUGGUUUCUUGCUGUCAUUGGUCUGGCUUGGCAAUGGAAUCUUCCCCGCCGUGACUAUCAGUAAGUGGAUGAUUUACAUCUGGUUUGGCCUGGAUGGCUCCGGCAUCCAACACUCGACUGAUUUCCACGAAAUUCUUGGCCCGUCGCUGAUGGUCGCCUUUGCCUUUCUCGGCAACACGCUCUUCCUCACCAUCCUCGUGUCGAUGCUGUCCACAACGUUCAGCAACAUCGCGUCCAAUGCGUCUGCCGAGAUCCAGUUCCGCCGGGCGGUGUUAACUCUGGAGGGAGUCAAGGCCGACGCCAUCUUUGCCUACCAGCCUCCUUUCAACAUCCUCGCCAUCCUAAUCUUCCUACCGCUCAAGUUCUGCGUGUCGCCCCGCUGGUUCCACAAGAUCCACGUCUUCAGCGUGCGCCUGAUCAACCUCCCCCUCCUCCUGAUCAUCGCCAUCGCCGAGCGCCGCAUGCUGUGGCCCCAGUCGCUGGAGACGCCGCGGUCGAGCAUCGUGAGCCACGACGGCAGCGGUAAGCCGCGCAAGCCGCGCCCGUGGUUCUGGGAGAAGUGGGGCUUCUCGUCGUCCAACGACUUCUCGACCGUCUUCGACACGCCGCCGCCCGACUCGGUGCUGAGCGAGAUCGCCACCGACGACGACCUGACGAGGAACCUCAUCCGCCGCCAGUUCACGCGGCACGGCACGCUCGACGCGGCAGGGAACCAGCCCCCGGCGUUUGGGCUGGCGCCGGCGGCAGCAACACCAGGAACCGCAACGGGAGGAGGGUUGACGCCGAAGACGCCGAACCACCAGGGCAAGACGCUGAACCGGCGCGACAGCAUCGCGCCGUUCCCCGGGCUCAGGGCGGAGCUGCAGGGCGUGCUCAGCGAGAGCGACGAGGUCAGCGCCAUCACGACGCGCCUCGAGGCCCUCGAGGAGAGCACUCAGCGCAUCGAGUCCAUGCUGGAGCGCCUCAUGGCCAGGGUCGACGAGGAGACCGAGUCGGUGCCCGAGGACAUUGUCGGGUCGGGGAGCAGCAGGACGACGUUGCGAGAUGAUAUUGGGUGAAUUUUUUGAAUGAUGAGGCAUGAGAUGAGUUCAACAUGAUCCUGAUUUGUGCUCUUUUUUCUCUCUCCGCGUUGCAGUUAUUACUUACUUACAUUUACAUUUACACCCAACAUACCCCGGAUAAACGACGUGGUCGGUUUUGGCUUUGCGUUUUUGGGGCGGAGUUGAGUUGGAUCAUAGCGAUUUGGCUUCCUGGCGAGGAUUCCUCUGCUUAAGGUCUGCAGUGGGCUGUUUUUUGUCUUGUUAGAUUACUCUUGUUGGGAAUACCUAUACAAGUACAUUUUCAUGUGGACGAGUGAGUGUCCCACACUUA